AGGUUCAGUAUCGCCAUACACAAUUGUUUGUUCUUGUAACUUCCUGACCCCGUGCCCCAACUGGACAUCUUGCGACAGAGAACUUCGUAUAUCAUCGAAUUCCUCCUCGACUUUAAACAAAACAUUUGGUACAAUAUUUACUUUCUCUGAACUCUGCCUCCGAAGUUUGGAGGAAACUCCUCCGUGUUGGCAUCGUCUCCGCGCCUCCCACGUGCCUCCAUCUCUCCCGUCACGGCUGCCGGCAGCGAUCGUGCGAGUGAUUGGAGCCGCGUGCGCGUCUCACACUCCCCAAGGCAGUACCGACAACAGUACCGACAGUGCUCGUGGCGGCGCAGGUGACAACUUCACUCGCUACCGUCAUCACUGAGCGAUGGUGAGCAUCGGGCUGGCUCGAGUGGACGACUCCGUCGCGGGAAGGCACCCGGGUCUGCAGUCAUACUCUGCCUGCACCUCGUUCGCACUGAUGAAAGGGACCGCGGUGCUUGUGCUGGAUCAGUGUGGACAAUCCACUUCGCUCACCAGCCAUGGCAGGCGCACCAUCGGCACCCCGGCGAUGGUUUUUCUACAGAGCCUGCUGAAAAAGCGCCUGCCCUACAGCUUCCAGUGGAACAUCUUAACUUCCGUGUUGGUCAGCUCGGUCGUCAGUUACAGCAUCACCCGCAGGGAGGUGGGAAAGUGUGGAGAAAACUGGAUUCGCUUUGAGAAGGGAGAGCUGCCACAAGAUCUGACAGACGCCGUGGAGCAGCCGGAGGGAGCGUCCCCUUCUGCGGGUUCUGAACAUGAGACGGCCCCCGGACGCACCAAGUACGGCGACGUCCUCGAGUAAGAAGUGUCUGGGUGCUGAGCACGAGCAGCCAGGGAGGGGAGAGGGGAUGGCGACGGCCAUGGGAAGAGGAAGAGUUCGUCACCAGGAACGAAGCUGCGAGCGGCGUGCCCGGAGAAUUUAAUAUCGUGCAGCAUCAGGAAGGAACUUCAAACGUUCGUGCUUAAAGGCCCUGAAGUAAAAUAAAAAAAAUUACAUAUCUGUCAACCCCUUAUCAGUGCUACCUUAUUACAGACCAAUUCAUAUAUUAUUGGUCACCUGGUGCCCUUAUAAAUCUCAACAUUCAUCCUACAAAGUCCCAUCAAAAGGGAGAAACAGACAUUUUUUUGCCCGUAUUGAAACGGAUGUACGCCGUAUGGACCUGAAAACUAAAUUUCCCUGUACAUUAAUACGGGUAAACCAUAUAGGUUGCAGGUAUGUAAUGAGGUUUUGUUGGUGUUGGAAAUUCUAUCUGUUGUGAAACUGAUGCCGAAUAGGGAUUAGUCAUUGAGACCCCUUUUUUAUUGCUGCACUACUGCACCACCAGUUUUUUUUAUUGAUGCACUACUGCACCACCAGUUUAAAAUAAAAAAAAACUCAGGAAAAAUCUAAAUGAGUCUACAGAGUUCCUUCUUCGAAUAUGGGUUCUGCACCAAAUUGUUGGGCGUUUGUACACAGGGGAAGACAGAAGAGUAGAAACGCCAUGGAUGAGAAAACACCUGCGCAAUCACCACAUACAAAUCAGAACAUCGCUUGCUACCAUCAUUCCAACCAAUCACAUAGUUGUUGCAUAAAGUAUAGCUUCAUCACGGCUAUUUGCGUGUUGGUUUCAAGUUUGGGGAUGAACAAAGGUAUGAUUUAAACACUGUAACACUCUUGAGUGGUGUACCAUCCCCUUCAUGGCAAUGUAUGCAUUUUACCAUAAAAAUACCUUAAAUUAUGACAGUACUUAGCGCCACUGUUCUGUGUAAAUCAUCCAAUGUGCUGAUCUGCAUUGAACAGUAAACGUGCCCGUACCGUCGUAACAGAUACUGUGUCAACCCAUACGGUUUACCCGUAUUCUUGCGCAGGGAAAUUGAAUUUUCAGAUACAUAUGGCAUACAGCCGUUUUAAUACGGGCAAAAAAUGUUUGUCUAUUUGUGUUUCUUUCUUGUGAUGGGACUUUUUAGGAUGAACGUUGAGAUUUAUAAGGGCACGGGUGACCAAUAAGGUCUGAAUUGGUCUGUAAUAAGGUAGGAACUGAUAAGGGGUUAUGAGAACAUUUUAUACAUAUGUAGUGGGUUCAACUGAGUCACAGACAUAGACUUUGGAGGCAGCGCAUUUAUUUACUUCCAACACAUGGGGUAACUUCCCCUUAACAGAAUAACAACCUUCGGUGGUGACCACCUGGCUAACUACACUAGUUACCACGUAACUGUUACUAUGGACCUGGGACCAAAAGCAUCUGCCCGGGUCCACGUGCUAGAAGACUCGUAGAACGGAGUUUGUAGACGAAGGGUUAUUUUCCCAGGAUGAACAACCCCGGUCCCUCUCGGGACUCGGCUUGUAUUCUCUGUGGCGUGGCCAGCUCCGCCCUUGGCCAUGUCCACCUUCCAGAACCAUCGGGAAGGACCUGGGUCCCAAUCACGUGACCCCCCUAGCCCCCUCUUGGGGGCCCCUCUCUCAUCUUAACCGGUCACGUGUCCUCCCGGGUCAACCAGAGUGCCAUGGCCUCACACGACCUUCCCCUUUGGACGGCACCCACACACCGUGUCCUGUAGGGCUGGCACUGCACCCACAGCAUGGUGACAUCCAGCGAUGUCACUACACAUAUGUAGUGUGUUAUACGGAGGCACACACUGGAGUUGGAGGCAACACGUUUAUUUAACGACCCAACAGGGCUGACUACAUAAACGUACACUGGUUCUACAUUUAGGUGAUAACUACACGGUUAACUAGACCACAACAGGGUAACUACAUAACCGGGUCAGCCAGUAAAACACUACCUGACCCACGAUGCCGAGCGUAACAUCAAAGACCGAAGACCUAGGAUCGAAGACGUAGCACCAACAGGUUCCAUUUCAACAGAGAGCCCAGACCCCUCUCGGGACUGCCCCUUUAUGCUCCUGAGCGUGGCCUGGCUCCGCCCUCGACCACGCCCCCUUCUAGAUCCGACUCGAAGGUUCUGGCCCAUAUCACGUGUCCCUCAAGCCACCUUUCGACCCCCUUGCUACCCUGCCCCGGCCACGUGCACUCUGGGUUCACACAGAGUAUCACGUCCUCACUUGCUCUCUCUCUGACCCUCACCAGAACUAUGCCCCCUAGGGCCCGCUUCCAUGCCAUAUUCGCUCUGGUGCCAGAGAGAGACUCAAGACGUAGAUUUCCACUCUUGUGACAGUCGCUGGCGCUAAGCACCAUAUUAACUCCAUAUAAGUCACUACACAUAGUUGAAAAUUUCACUGACAUACGACACAAGUUCAGAACAAAGAAAUCAUCACUCGCUACGCCCCUUGGCGAACAUUCUGCCACAAAAUAUCCGCAAAGACGUGCAAACUGAAAGUUAAUUUACGUGUUUUCUUGCCAAAAAAAACCUACACAUCAACCAUACCUGUCAACCCAUAUGGUUUACCCCGUAUUCUUGUACAGGGAAAUUGAGUUUUCAGGUCCAUAUGGUGCACAGCCGUUUCAAUACGGGAAAAACAAAUCUAUGUUUUGUGUUUUUUGCUCUUGUGAUGGGACUUUGUAGGAUGCUCUUUGAGAUUUAUAAGGGCAAGGGGUGAUCAAUAAGGUCUGAAUUGGUCCGUCAUAAGGUAGGCACUGAUCAGGUAUGGUAAUAAUCUGAAUCGAUGUGGGGGGGGGGGGUACCUGUGGUGCCACAACGACGGGGCCGCUCUGCCGAACCAGGGAGCCGCCCGGCUUCCCCCACCGCACUGCCCCCCAUCACCCGCCCCACAUAAGCACACACCCGCACGCAUUCCCCCCCCCCCAUAGAGCUGGAAGGGAAGGUCACCUGAUCGACCGGUUUUUAUCCGAGAGACCCUUAUCGGGAUUAAUUCUCACGGUUUCCGGCGAUCAGGGAAUUGGAUGACCUCCCCGUGCUACGUGGCACCGCGGCGCUGCGGCCGGCCUUAAUAUGGUAGGUCGUGGCGUGGGGCAUUCGGCCACCGCGGUUGAGGCGCAUUUCCCCCCACACACACUCCCACGGGUCGACGGGGCGAGCAGGGGAGGCACGGGACAGCAUGAAUAGCGGGGUCACAGGGGCUGUUGCGCAUAGUCAUGGAGGGUUGGGAUAAUUGCGCUUGAGCGCGCAAGCCCCAUUGGUAGGAAGGGUAAGGGAGUAAUUAGGAUUUACGCCUUGCACGCAGCACACUGAUUAGCAUAUCAACAGCGCCUGGGGACUGCCGUGCGCGGGCUUGGGGUGCACGAGCCCAUUGUUCAGCGCAGCAUCCCCUUUGGGAGGUAGGGAGGAUAAAUAGAGGAGCGCAGAGGGGAAAUCGCUCGCUUACUCCAGCGCCAGGCGACCAGACGCAGCUCGAGCCAGCGACCCGGACGUCCGUGCGACGCACCGAGGCACGCGGUUAACACAAGGAUCAGCGGACCGCCGUGGACACUUAACAGUGAGUAAGAAGGGGAAUUAGAAUCAUAGCCGAUAAAUAGGGAAUAGGUGCCGGUUUAGUGGAAUAGGCCAGCCUCGUCGACUCACUAAUUCAACAUUAGUUAUCAGGUAAUAAAUCAUUAAUAGCGAAGCGUGGUCUCGCGUGAUCUUGUCGUGCAGUGUGAGCGUGUGGGAACGCGUGUGGUACUGUGUGUGCGUAAGCUCGCAGCGUGCGUAAUCGGCGUCCCCCAGGUGCGCGAUCAUAGCGUAAUCGGCUGCGCAUUGUUGUACGGUUUAUCUCGCGCGCACGGCGGCGGCGACUUUAGUCGUUGUGUCGGCGUGUGCCCCGCUUGCGUGUGCUCGUUACGUGUUAUAAGUGUGAACGCGUGUAGUACGGUGUAGGCGUAAGCUCUCGUCGUGCGAAAUCGGCGUACCCCAGGUGCGCGAUUGUAACGUGAGCGGCCAGCGCGGCGCAGAGAAGCGCAAGAGUGAGUGCCGUACGGAGCUGUGUGUGUGGGUGUGCGCGUACGUAAUUAACCAUGCCUGCUACGCGGACCCGCGGUGGAGUGGAAUCCUCGGGCGACGGCUCCCACCCCAUGGGUGAGGAACUUAGCAGCGGUUCGCUUAGCAGCGGGGGGGCGAUUGAUGAUGCUAGCCCGGCCGUUAACAUUAUCGAGGGAGGGAUCUCGGGGGCUAGCGACC